AUUAUUGACGGAAAUGCAUUUGCUUUCACUCUUGCCAUACGCAGCAGGCUUCGCCGCAGUUGCUGCCAAACAACCAUCUGAGAACCAAGUGCCUCUCGGACCAUCGACCCUNUUCCAAAUUCCUACCAUCGGAUUUGGAACAUGGAACUUAAAGGACAAUGCUACUGAUGCAGUGUCUCACGCAAUCCACACUGGUUACAGGCACAUAGAUUGUGCAGCCGCAUAUAGGAACGAGGGCAUUUCCGAGGGCCUGAAGAAAGCUGGACUAUCUCGCGAAGAUAUCUGGGUCACUUCCAAACUUUGGAACGACCACCACGAUCCAACUAUGGUCGAAGCUGCCAUCGAUAAGACACUAUCCGAUCUCAACCUGGACUACCUUGAUCUGUAUCAUAUGCACUGGCCAGUCGCUGAGACGAGCAAGGGUAAUGAGAUCUAUUUCCUCGACACAUGGGAGGCCAUGGUGCAACUGGUGCAGUCGGGAAAGACUAGACGCAUCGGAAUCUCCAACUUUUCACCUUCGCAACUCGACACCUUGCUGAACCGUACAACUCAUAUUCCAUAUUGUCACCAGAUGGAGUUGCACCCCUAUCUACCGCAAGAAGAUUGGAUUUCUUAUCACAAGGUCCGUGGUAUCCAUGUGACGGCCUACUCGCCACUUGGAGGAACCAAUCCCACCUACCAUGAAAAAGCAAAACACAUGCCUCCCCCAUUGCUCAAGAACAAGGCGAUGAUAAAGCUGGCAGACAAGCACAACUCCACGACUGCGGGCAUAUCAUUGGCUUGGGGCAUGAGUCGAGGCACGAGCGUCAUACCCAAAAGCGCACACCCAGAGAGGAUCGAAGAAAACUUCGAAAGUAAGCAUAUCGAGCUCGACUCAGACGACCUUGAAGUUCUCGCAAAGCUGGGCCGCGACUUCACAUACAGAUACAACAAUCCAAGCAAGAGCUGGAAAGUCAAGUUAUAUGAAGGCUUGGAGGGCGCA